AUGAACCCUGGUUAAUCCACUAAGACUUAAGAACUCACUGAUGAAGGUACUAAAUUUAGCUAUGCGUAUAUUUAGAAUUUAUGAAACUUAAAGUAAUUCUAUAAAAUUCAAGGAUAAUUGAUUUUUAGUAAGAAGUCGUAUAUUCCGAUUCUCAAAGAGAUUAAUCAUAAUGA